AAUGAAUACCACGGUUACAAUGGAUAUCAGACAGGCUUUUUCUCUGAAUGACAUCCUUCCUUAUGACCUGAGCUACUUCACCUAUCACGGUUCAAUGACCACGCCGCCAUGCUAUGAAACGGUUCAGUGGAUCUUGAUGAGGUGUCCAAUCAAAGUGACCAGAGAGGCAUACAAAGCCUUGGCAAACCUUCCAGAUCGUCAGGGUCACCCGCUCAGUAAAUAUGGCGUCAGAAGGCCGCUUCAAAGGGGGAUCAAGGACCGCCCAACUGUUAAUGUGCAGCGCAACUUCCUGUGCCAAUCUUCCGGAAAUAGAAGAGAUGUCUGUUACAGACGGGGUUGAUCUCAAAAAGAUAAUUUUGUCAUCAGUUUCAAAGAUUUGCUCACAAUUUACUUUGAUUUAACGUUUCCAAUGUAAUGCAUAUGAUACAUUUCACGUGGGAGACCAUUCAUUUUGAAUGAAAUAUGAAUUAACGGACAGCAUUCAAGCUCAAAGCCCAUUUAAACAAUUCAAAUCAGGGGCAGAGCAAACACGGACCUCUAAGACAUCGGAGGUGGAAUCACGUGUCAUGGAGAAGUGAGCAUCCCUUCAUAAUAAAUCACAUGCAUAAGUCAAGUAAUUAUAUAAUAAUAGUAUGUAUCAUUUUCCUUGCUAUUGCUACCUCUAAAUAUAUGAAAUAAGAAGUUAACGAAUGCUUAUCAAGCUCAAUCAAAAUUCCAAGGACACAAUACAGUUUCAGGAGAGGAGUAGGCACGGAUCUCUAAAACAUCAGUACCCUGAAGAAGAAAGCGCCUCUG